CCGGUCCAGCAGGUGGCAGCCUCAGGCUCUCGCUCCUCUCACAGUGACUCGUUGACCCGGAACAGACGCGUGUUGUUUUCCUGCGGACCGGGGGACGGAGCCCUGGACCGGGAUGUCUCUGACAGAAGCCCCGCCGCGCUGCGGGCUGCGGGCCCUGACGGUGUCGGUGUCGGAGCAGCUGACCCGGGUCGGGGAGGAGAUCUUGGUGCUGCUGGAGAAGCGCGGCGGCUCCGGAGGCCGCCUGCUGCGGCCGCUGCGGCUGCUGAUCACCGAGCGGCUGACGGCGGCGGCCGGGCAGAUCGUCGGGCUGCUGGAGCGGGAGGUGGAGGAGUACCGGCGGCAGCUGGAGCGGCAGAGCCGGCUGCUGGAGGCGGUGCUGAGCCCGGUGGUCCGACUGAACCGGACAGAUUCCCUGAGCUCGUCCACCUGCAGGACGACCAGCGCCGACGGAAACCUCCUGCUGUCUGAGGCCGACCCAGACCGCCUCCCCACAGCCCCGCCCAGUUCCGCCUCCUCAGACGUCUCUGCAGCUGAGAGCGAGGACACCGACGAGGACUGGAGAGGAAGCGACAGCUCCGCCACUAACAAAGAAACAAGCGGGACGAGGACGGAUGGAAGACGGAGCUCUGGUGGUCGGAGACGGGAGGCGGCGCCAUCGGACCGGCCCGCUCAUCGCUGCGUCAUCUGUGGAAAAACUUUCCGGCAUAAAGGGAAUCUGGUGAAACACGUGGAAACACACUCAGACAACCCAGAGUGUCUCUGCGGAGUCUGUGGCGAACACUUCAAGUCUUCAGACGGUUUGUUCGACCAUCUCAGAUCUCACAGAGAAACUGACAGCGGCGGCGGGACAUGUGAGAUUUGCGGGAAGACGUUUCAGAACAUGGAGACACACAUGAGGAGUCACACCGGAGUCAAACCGUACAGAUGCGACGUCUGCGGCAAGAGCUUCCCCCGACCCGGAGCACUGAGGAGACACAAGAAGAUCCACAGCAGGAGGACGCCUGACGUCUGCCCGAUCUGUGGACUGACCUUCACCCAAAACCAGCUGCUCCAGGAUCACCUAAAGACCCACGAAGAAGACGACGGUGACCAGAGCGAGGACGAGGACGGUCAGUCAGAGACACUGAAACCAAAGAAAGAUCGGAGGCAGAGCUCUGGACUGAAGUCAUCUCAGUUCUCCUCGCUGUGCUGCAGAGUCUGCGGUGAUUCCUUCCACAGCCGAGGGUUCUUGAGGAAACACGCUGAGACGCACUGCAGGGAGUCUCAGAGCGUCUGUGGCGUCUGUGGACAGCAGCUAGACUCACCUGACGCUCUGCUGACUCACCUGCAGUCUCACCGGGAGACCAGCGGCACCUGCAGCAUCUGCGGUAAGAGUUUCCAGAACAUGGAGACUCACAUGCGAAGCCACACGGGGAUCAAACCGUACCGCUGUGGCGUCUGCAACAAACGUUUCCCCCGACCCGGAGCGCUGAGGCGCCACAAGAAGAUCCACGGUGGGGAGCGACCGUACGCCUGCCAGCACUGCGGGAAGACGUUCAUCGAAAGCAGCGCCUUAAAGACUCACAGCAGGAGCCACUCAUGGGAGAUCCACGACGAUGAGGAUGCCGAGCCUCCGCCGGACUCUCAGAGCCUGAAGUCUGAGACGGAGAUCAGGCCAACUGUCAGAGAGAACGCCAAGGUGUCGACUCAGACGUCUCACAGCUGUCAAGUCUGCGGGGAGGCUUUUCAGAGUAAAGGUAGUUUGAGGAAACACGCUAAGAGUCACUCAGCAGAGUCUGUGUGCGGCGUCUGCGGUGAAAGUGUACUGCCACCAGAGACCCUGACGGACCACCUGCAGGGUCACAGAGACGCCGGCAAAAUCUGUCACAUCUGCGGUAAAACCUACCAGAACAUCGAGACUCACAUGCGGAGUCACACCGGCAUCAAACCGUACUGCUGCGGCGUCUGCGGUAAAUCCUUCCCGCGGCCUGGUGCCCUGCGGCGCCACAAGAGGAUCCACAGCGGGGAGCGACCGUACAUCUGCGAGUUCUGCGGGAAGACGUUCAUCGACAACGGAGCUCUGACGACGCACAUCAGGAACCACACUGGAGACAAACCAGCCCACCGGGUCUCCUGUGAGACCUGCGGGAAGAGCCUGGCGUCAGUCCACGUCCUGGAGGUCCACAAGAGGAUCCACACAGGCGAGAAGCCGUUUCAGUGCCGCGUCUGCGGGAAGACCUUCAGGCAGGUGGGAGGGCUAAACGCCCAUAUGCUAACCCACACCGGGGAAAAGCCGUUCAGCUGCAGCCUCUGCAACAAGAGCUUCAGCACCAAAGGAUACCUGGAGACCCACAUCCGCUUCCACAAGAAGGAGCGAGCGUUCAGCUGCCACCUGUGCUGGAAGGCCUUCGUCACCAAGAACGACCUGAAGAAACACCUGCUGACGCACACCGGCGAGAAACCCUACAGCUGCAGGGUCUGCGGGAAGAGCUACCAGGAGAAACGCUCCAGAGACGUCCACAUGAAGGUCCACCUGGACGUCCGGAUCAGCAAAGAACCAAUCAGGAGGCAGGACGGUCUGCAGCCAGACUUCAUACAGCUGUAGAGUUCACACAGACCGGGUUCAUAUUUACAAACUGACGGACCACCAGCGGGGUCAUCAGCAGACACAAAACUCUUUGUCUUUGGACCCAGAAUCACCAAAAAUUUUAUAAAUUAUCCUCUAAAGUUCAAAUAUGUUUCACAAAAAUCUAACUUUUUUAUUUUUCAAUUUUAAAAAAUGUACAAACUGUAUUUUCAGACGUUUGUUUCAGCACGUAGAUUCAUUUUGUCGUUUUAGAGCACGGCCGAGUAUAUUUCAGGAUUUUAAAAUCCAAUAUUUUGGCCGAUAUACUUAUUCGACUGACCUCCAAACACGUGUUG